UAAAUAUACAACACUGGGCGGUCCCAGUGCAGCAAUUUCACUUCCUCAUGUUUCUAGUUUGAGACUAGAUUUACUUUCAACUUCUUUAUGACUUGAUAUCAUGCAUGCUCGCAGCUUCUCUUCACUUCUGUGCGUACUCCUGUGGUUUCCGAUAGCAGAUGCUUUCUUCAUGCAUGGGUUAAUUCGUUGCCAACCUAUAUCCAAGCAUGAAUGUGUGUAUCUGGAACAAGUCUACUUUAAUAAGAGGCUUAUUGGCCAGUACAACAGCUCCUUGGGAAAAUAUACCAGCUACGUUGAAUACACAAAGGAAGUUGUAGAAUACCUUAACAACCGUCCUUCUUUGGAAAAAAAGAAAAAGGAUAUUGAGAAAUGCAGAAGCCACUUAUCAAAACUGGAAUUCCUUUCAACACCAGUCAAGCCCUAUGUCAGACUGAGUUCAGCUGAGGCAGACAGCGGCAGACAUCCAAGAGUCCUUGUCUGCAACGUGUACAACUUUUAUCCCAAACAUAUCCGAGUGACAUGGCUGAGGGACGGAAAGAAGACAACCUCUGAUGUGACGUCCACUGACGAGAUGGCCAACGGGAACUGGCUCUACCACAUCCACUCCCAUCUGGAGUAUACGCCCAGACUGGGAGAGAAAAUCACCUGUGUGGUGGAGCACGCCAGCUUUAAGGAUCCACAACUUUAUGACUGGGACCCCAUGUCUGAGUCCGAGAAGAAAAAGUUCGCUGUUGGGUCUGCAGGGCUGCUGCUUGGUCUUGUUGUUUUAAUUGCUGGGGGGGUUCAGUACAAGAGGAGCACUACUGGUCGGGAGUUGGUGCCAACGGGUUAGGAUUUUACCUCUGUCAGCUGAAAUAUUUGUAUUCAAAAUCAAAAUGGCACAGAGGAAACGAGGUCAUGUGGAGUAAAUCACUCGGUUCUUUGAGUAUACACUGUUUACGCAGAGAGUGACUUGUUGUAAAUCUUCAAGAGUAUUUGUGUUUUGAUAUCAAUUUAUCAGAAAAUAAGCUUUUAUGAUUGUUUUUCUGUGGAAUUUGGGUGAAGUGGAAAAUAUUAAGGUUUUCUUUUGCACUGUACAAAUCACAAUGAUUCAAUGGUAUGGCUAAACUGAGGAAGGCCAUUUAUUGUCAUUCAAUUGAAUUUGCUAGUGGUUCACAAAUUUUAUAGUUUAAAAAUGAAGGUUUGAGGAAGUGAUUUUACUUGCUAUGAAUGGCUGGCAUCUUGUAAACCCAGACUGGGGAGGGUUGAAUUCCAAGUCAGCUGGCAGUGCCAACGAGUUAAAGUAUGUGUUGACAUUAAACAAUCCUAACAGUGUGUGAAGCAUUUGUGACAUAAGAGCAAUUAUCUGCCUCAACACUCAACUCCUCCAGCAGGUUUUAAAAUACAAAGCAGAUACAAGAAGUCAAAAGAAGUCUGUUUCAAUCCAGUGAAUAAAGUGAGUGUGUCUGUAUGUGUUGAUUUUACAAUGAAUCCUUACAUGAUUCAUUACUCAUAUUCCUGUUUAUUCUGCAAGUAUAAAUCUAAUAUUCACCAUAUAUGACUGUGAAAUUAAUACAACUCGGUAGUUUAAAAGAAUAAAAAGCCAGACCAAAUUCAAAUCACUGAUUUCUCUGUACCUCCCUGCAAAAUACAACAUGAUUUGACCCACUUUCUACUAUAUCAUGGGGGUUUGAGGCCCUUAGAAAUGUCUUACAGGCAAGAAGAGCGUGCUGCAGUACUGUGGCCUCAACAAGAUAAGACAGAUUGGAUGCAUAGCCUUGUUUAAUACGCAUUAGCAAAAUAAAUAGGGAAGGUGGAAUAUCUUAUCUUGAGGGUUGCAUGGGUUGUCUUCAAUGUCACACAGACUUCUUUCCUUACACUAAUUUCAUCUCCUAACAGGGACCGACUGUGAUUGUGCUCAUAUCAUGUGCUCUGUGGAGGUUCACAAGUUUUAAUGUUACAGAUAUGGGAGGAUGCCAGUUGAAAAAUUACUGUCAGUGCUUCAUAACUGGGAUCAUAUUGUUUAUAACCUCUUGGCCACCAUGAGGCCCCAAAUGAAUAAAUAAAUCAGCUUUGUGCACACCUUAA